UUUCUCAAAAAUAUUUCUGAAGAAAAGACGAGGGCAAUUCCGGCAUUUCGCCAUGGCGCGUGUUGCCGCCCAGCCAGAUAGCUGUCCACUUUACAGGUGAAAAAAGCAAUCGAAACCCUAGCGACGAUCUCUCAUUGAUAUUGUGUGCAAGCUUUAGAAAAAGAAAUGGCGACAUUCGAGCAAGCUCCACCAGGUGAUCAAAAGGCUGGAGAGAAGAUCUUCAAGACUAAGUGUGCCCAGUGCCACACCGUCGAAAAAGGCGCCGGCCACAAACAAGGGCCCAAUUUGAAUGGGCUUUUCGGAAGGCAAUCUGGGACUACUGCAGGGUACUCCUACUCUGCAGCUAACAAGAACAUGGCUGUGAUAUGGGAAGAAAAUACUUUGUAUGAUUACUUGCUUAAUCCUAAGAAGUACAUUCCUGGAACUAAGAUGGUCUUCCCUGGAUUGAAGAAGCCACAGGAUCGUACAGAUCUCAUUGCCUAUCUGAAGGAAGCAACUGCUUAAUCUUCAAUCAGUAUGGAUAUUCUCCUAAACGAUUUAUUUUUUGAGAGGAAGAGAAAACUGACCUCUCCUUGAAAUAAGAUGGAUUAGGGCAAAGAUGCUCUUUGUUUUGAGAUUUUGAGAUGAGUGGGGGAGUUGAAGGACCCUUUUUCAUGAGGCAUUUCAUGAGCUGUAAUAAUUUCUUCAUAGUCAUUGAUUGAAUCUAUCCUGAUGAAAAUUUUUUGUAACAAAAUUUUAUGACAUUCCAACUUCAGGUUGUUGAAAUCCAUUCUCAGGUUAUUUAUA